AUGUCAAAUCUAUCUCCUACGACAAAAAAUCCUCCUAUGGUCGAACAGACCAGGCCUCAAAAUCAGAACCAAAACCAAAACCAAAACCAAAACCAAAAUACCCAACCGGAAGAUUUAAACAUAUCUCAACUUGACCUAACGACAUAUCCUUCUAUACCACAUGAUUACCCUUAUUCACCUAAUUACAACCAGGGUUAUCCUUAUACCCACGGACAUGGACUUGGACAAGGGUUCAAUCCUUAUUCCCCUCAACCGAACUUCACACCUGAUUUCGGAAAUCCUUAUCAACCUCAUAUUUCCCCUGGUCCGAAUAACCCACUCUCACCUUCUCUCAAUGUACCUGGACCCCUGGGUGCUAUGGGUCAUCACAAUCAAGGUUCAGGUGUGAGUGCCGGAGGUGGAAUGGGCGGUUCCAAUCUUGGAGGUGGGGUGAAUAUGGGUGUACCUAAUUCCGGUUCGGGAGUACCAGGAGUAGGAGUGGGUUCGCCAGGGAUAGGAGUAGGAGUGGGAGUUGGUUUACCAGGAAUAUCGGGAUCAGGAGUAGGAGUCGCUGUAGCAAGUCUAGGAAGUUUAGGUCGUCCUCCAAAUUCUCCAAAUUAUCGUCGUCCCAAUUACCCCUCCGGACCUAAUUGGUCAAGUCCACCUUUAAGUCCAAACAUGUCAAUGGGAUCAUCAAUCACUUCUAUACCUUUUAAUCAACAACCUUAUGUUGAUGAAUUCGGACAAAGAAUGUUUUAUCCUACUGCCCCACCUUCAGCUUGGAAUUCACCGGGAACUACGUUCUAUAAUACUUUUUCAGGACCUAUGAUGGAUGGUUUUUCCCAAUCAAGGCCACAAAUGGAUGGUUUUUCCCAAUCGAGGCCACAAAUGGAUGGUUAUUCUCAAUCCAGAUCACAAAUGGAUGGUUAUCCUUCACAAUCUCAAUCUCCACCUGGAAGAAUCGGUUCACUAGGAAUAGGUAGGAUGAAUGAUCAUUCUCAAGGAAGAGGGAGGAACGACAAUUAUCCCCAAUCAAACUUAGGUGGCAGAGUCCCUUCUUGGCAACAUCGAAAUUCGUUUCAAGCUAUUCCACCACAAGUACAGCCACAACCACAAGGACAGGGACAGGGGCAAGGACAAGGACAGAAUAGACCUAAUCAAACUUCUGGAAGAAUGUCUUGGUCUGGUCCAUCUAAAAUGUUACCGAACGAUCCUACGGAAAAGGAAACAGAAAGAAAACCUUAUCAUCCUCUUCCACCGGCUCAAAGGAGUGAUUGGGUCAUGUGGGUUGGUAAUGUAUCCGUCCCCGUUCUCUCUUCUUACUUCACGCUCAACUUCAUCACUCCCGCGCUUCCGGAAGUAAACCGUCUCAAUAUCCAAACAACACGUCCCACGAAGAACUCUGGAAAUAUUUCAACACCACCAUUCCUAUCUCUCCUCACGAAGAUGAAAACUCUGAACCUUGGCGUGGCCCCUCGUCCAUUUUCCUCAUCUCACGUUCAUCUUGCGCAUUCGUCAACCUUUCCUCUCGGGAUCGAUCUUGAUAGAGCUGUCAACUAUUUCAACAAUCGUUCUCUACGUCCAUGGGAUCCACGUUGUCCUCGAUUGGUAUGUCGAAUCAGAAGAAAAGAUGAUGAUCUGCGCGCUGGUGUUGGUGCUCAACGAGGUACCGGAAUGCAUAGAGCAUGGAUCAAAGAACAAGAGAAGAAAGGAGAACCGACAUCGACAUCUACUCCUAAUCCUUCUCAAAUUAUUUCACCUCUUCCAACCUCAACCGUUCCAUCACAAUCCACCCAAUCCCACCCAACUCGCUCGUCUUUACCUGAUCAACCAACUCCUUCUGAAAUACAAACCCCCGUUCCACCUCCCUUGAGUGUUCAAUCAAACCUUGAACCACUUCCAACAGCAUCAUCCCUCGAUCCACCCAGUCCAGCGAUAUUCGAACAUCCUCCAGAUGAUCAUAAACCCGAACCCAUCGUCGAACAGAGAUUGACAAAACAUAAAUCCUCAGCAAGUUUCGCCAGUACAAACUCUUCUUUCCUCAUGAGACAUUUCCCCAAACGUUACUUCAUUUUGAAAAGUCUCACCGUCUCCGAACUUGAGGAUAGUUAUCGUACUGGAACUUGGAAAACACAAAAACAUAACGAACCGAUAUUAGAUCAAGCAUUUCGAACUUCUCAAGAAGUCAUUUUGAUCUUCGGUGCUAAUCGAUCUGGUGGAUUUUUCGGUUAUGCUAAAAUGAUAGAACCAAUAGACAAAGAGAAAGCCGCUGCAUUAUCACAUUCACAUCAAACGAAUCCUUACCGAUCAACUUCAUUACAAUCACGUUUAACUUCUUCUUCUGGUUCUAUAUCAGGUUCCGGAUCAGGCUCUUUAUCCGCGGGAUCUAUUCCAGUUCAAGGAAUUAGACCUGGGAUUGGAAAUCAAACGAAAUCUCAAACACAAAGUGAAAAGAUCAAAGAAGAAGAAGAAGAAGCAGAAGAUCGUCUAAGAGCAGAAUCAGAUCCACCAAAACCUACUUUUUUCUUAUCACCUUCUUUGAAUCAUAUUACGAAUUCUUCACCUUCACAAAUAACACCUGCAUCUGAAGAAAAUCAACAUCCUGAAAAUGUCAUCCAUAGGAAUACGGAUCCAAACAGGUAUGAUAAACCUAAAAAUUCAAAUCCUACUUUGGCGGUGUUGGAGAAUAGGGAUAGAGCACAUACUUUAGAUCCUAGUACUUUGAGAAGUAGGAAUCCUUAUUUUCCACCUGCGGAAAUCGCUGCUGCUGCUGCUAAGGAAGCAGCGAAGAUCACGACCGCAGAAGCUGAGAAAGCUCAUGUAGAAAGAGAAAAUAUCAAGAAAAAGAAUCUAUUGAAUCCAAAAGAAGAAUUGGAUGAUGAUGGUGUUAAGAGAAAAGAUAUGCUUUUUAGUUCGGAAGGAACACAGAAUAAAAUUGUCAAUGAUUCAAAUAAAGGAACACAGAGUAAGAUUGUUAAUGAUUCAAAUAUCAAAGUUGAAUCAAAUGCACAAAUGUCUAAAGUGAAAGAGAAGGAGCGAAUAGGUACAAAAGAACAAGAAAACGAAAGAGAUAAAGAAGGUGAUAAAGAAGAAGAAGAGUUAACGGGGAUUUCAGGAAAUUCUUUCAAGAUUCAAUGGAUCAAAAUUGGACCUUUAUCUUUUAAUAGGACUAGACAUUUGAGAAACCCUUGGAAUUCAGAUAGAGAAGUAAAGAUUUCUAGGGAUGGGACGGAGUUGGAACCUAGUGAGUAA